GAGCUGUAGCCCUGAAGAAUCUUGAAAUAAAAGAAAAUGCUCUGAGUCAGCUGGAUGUGCCAUUUAAAGUUAAAGCAGGACAUAUUGGUCAACUUAACUUACAGAUUCCAUGGCAAAACCUUUAUACUCAACCUGUUGAGGCAGUUCUUGAUGGAGUUUACUUGCUUAUUGUGCCCACAGCCAGCAUAAAAUAUGAUGCUGAAAAAGAAGCCAGACAGCUUUUGGAAGCAAGACAAAGGGAAUUGCAAAGGAUAGAAGAAGCAAAGCAGAAAAUAGCUGACCAAGAUAAAGUAAAAGAAGAGAAACAAGACACUUUUGUAGAAAAACUGGUCACUCAGGUCAUCAAAAAUCUUCAGAUGAAGAUUUCCAACAUCCAUAUUCGCUAUGAAGAUGAUAUCACAAAUCGGAAUAACCCCUUGUCAUUUGGGAUUUCACUUCAGAAUCUAAGUUUGCAGACCUCAGAUAAGAAUUGGAAUCCAUGUUUACAUGAUGAAACUGCCAAGUUGUUCUACAAGCUUGUACGACUGGAUAACCUUUUUGCUUAUUGGAAUGUGAAAUCGGAGAUGUUCUACCACGGUGGUUGUGAGGAAUCGUUGGUUAACUUAAAACAGGGAGUUGCCAGCCACAAUGUGAUUCCAGAAGGUUAUGAUUUUGUAUUCCGCCCAAUUUCAGCUCGAGCCAAACUCCUUAUGAAUCCUCGAUCUGAUGUUGACUUUUCAUCACCGAAAAUGGAUUUAGAUGUACAUUUACAGGAUAUAACUGUUGAAUUCAAUAAGCCACAGUACUUCAGUGUUAUGGAGCUUCUUGAGUCUAUUGAUAUGAUGACUCGAAAUCUGCCAUACAGGAAGUACAGACCUGAUGUUCCAUUGCACAACAAUGCCAAGAUAUGGUGGAAAUAUGUUAUUUAUGGCAUCCUUGAAGUAAAUGUUCAACCUAAGCUCCAAAUGUGGUCAUGGGAACAUAUUCAGCACCAUAGAAAACAAGUGAAGAACUAUAAAGAGUUGUAUAAAACAAAGAUAACAUCAAAAAAACCUAAUGAAGAAAUCUUAAAAUUGUUGGAGGAAUUCGAAAAGGCCUUGGAUAUUUUUAACAUCACUCUAGCAAGGCAACAAGCAGAAGUUGAGGCAACUAAAGCUGGAUUGAAAAUCUACAGACCAGGAGUAAAACAAGAUGAUGAAAAUUCUGGUGGCUGGUUUAGUUGGAUCUGGAGCUGGUCAGGUGAAAAAAAGGAUGAACAAAAACAAGAAGUGAAGGGCUCGAGCCUUGAAGAGCUGAUGACAAGUGAAGAGAAGGCUAAACUUUAUGCAGCAAUUGGAUAUAGUGAAACAGCUGUGGAUCCAACCCUUCCAAAAUCAUAUGAAGCCAUGAAGUUCUCUGUGAAAUUACUAAGCAUGUCUAUAUCAAUAAGAGAAAACAAGCAAACUCCUGAGCUGGUAGAAUUUGCAUUAACUGGCUUGAGUACAGUAUUUACCCAACGACCAGGUGCACAAGCAAUAAGAUUUGAAACAAAAAUUACCUCACUCGAAGUUACAGGCAUGUCCCGAGAACAGUGUACACCCUGUCUCCUGUCUUCUCGAACGAUGUAUUCAGACAAGAGUACCUCACUCUUAAGCAUAAUGUUUGAGACUAAUCCUUUGGAUGAGAAAGCGGAUCAGAGGCUUAGAAUAGAAUCACAGCCACUGGAAAUAGUAUAUGAUGCGAUGACAAUAAAUAGCUUAGUGGAUUUCUUCAGGCCUCCAAAAGAUGUACAUUUAGAGCAAUUGACAUCAGCAACUCUGAUGAAGCUUGAAGAGUUCCGUGAAAAAACAUCAACAGGUUUGUUGUACGUUAUUGAAACCCAGAAAGUUCUUGACCUCAAAAUUAACCUCAUGGCUUCAUACAUCAUUGUUCCACAAAAAGGAUUCUAUGACCAUACUUCAAAUUUACUGCUUCUUGAUCUUGGUAGUCUUAAGAUGAAAAGCAAAAGUCGUUCUGAUUUAUCAGAACUCAAAGUAGGACAAAGCACUAUUGAAGAUAUAAUGUCAAGAGCUUAUGACAGUUUUGAUAUCCAGCUCAGCAGUAUACAGUUACUGUACAGCAAACAUGAUGAGAACUGGCAAGAGGCUCGGAAGCUGAAAUGUUCGUCUCAACAUAUCUUGCAGCCCUUGGAUGUAAAAGUGGAAUUUAGCAGGGCUAUGGUUGUUACAGAUGCAAGAAUGCCCAAGUUCAAACUGUCUGGACAGCUGCCUUUACUUUCUAUCCAAAUAUCAGACCAAAAGCUGACAAGUAUCUUGGAGCUAAUUGAUAGCAUUCCUAAGCCAGAAAGUGCUCCUGCUACCAGUUCUCCUCCAAAAAUAACUGAG